AUGAUUGACUUCGGUGGAUCAUUUGCAAGUUACGAUAUUCUUGAUCAAGAAAAAUGGAAUAGGAUAGUAGGGGAUAAAAAACCGAACUCGGCACCUGGCGUGGAUAGAAUUACCUACGGAAUGCUGAAGCAGCUGCAACCCGGUGUUGUGCAGCAACUAUUGAAGGAUUUUAACGGACAAUGGCGUAGGAGUUUCCCUGGAGAUUCGCUGAAAACGAUAAAGGUGGUCGCAAUACCUAAAGCCGGGAAGGAUCAAAGUAAACUGGAAGAAAAUAAUUUUCAUACAAAUAAGGAAAAACUUGUAAGAGUCGUCAGUGAAGGUCUUCCACAAGGGGAUGUUCUAUCCCCCACUCUCUUCAACGUAUAUACUGCUCCUUUGCAUGAAAUCCAGAUCGAUGACGUAGAGCUGGUGCAAUAUGCCGACGACUUCGGCAUCAUAGUCACAGCGAAAACAGUAGAAAGGCUGCGAAUAAUCGGACAAGACUACCUGGACCAUUUCGUAGAAUCAGCAGCGAAGCUCAACUUGUCAAUAAACCCAGCAAAAACUAAAUCCAUUCUAUUUCAAGCCAGUAAUAAAACACUGGACUAUAAGAUAGAUGGAACAAACAUAGAAACUGUUAGGUCACAUGACUAUCUGGGCAUGGCACUAGAUAGAUCUUUAAACUUUGGGAGACACACUAAGGAAUUAAAAGGAAAGGUCAAUGAGAGGCUCAACAUGAUCAAAGUCAUCAGCGGAGUAAAGACUGGAGGGCACCCGGAGACAAUGCUGAACGUACACAAAGCGCUUGUUCGAGGAACGCUGGAAUACGGCUCUACGGUGUACAGCAAUGCUGCAAAAACAAACCUAAAUAAGCUAGCUGUUAUCAACAAUCAGAGUCUACGAAAAGCCACAGGAUGUACCAAAAGUACUCCCUUAAAUACUCUGUUAGCAAUAUCUGGCUUAGAAUCCAUGCCAAUAAGACAGGAAUAUAUAACAGGAAAAGAGAUCGCACGUAACAUCGCACAAAGAACGGCGGUGGGAGAACAGCUAAUCGGAACAACCAUAGAUAACAGAUCGGACACGAAAAAGAUAAGUUACAUGGAAACAGUUUUUCUUAACCACUUUGAAGUAUUCGAUGCUAUAAUGACAAUCAGGAAGAACUGCGUGAAGUACCCGGAUAUAAUAAUCCGACCGACAUUGGAUGGACUGGUCAAAUCCAAAGGAAACACGAACCCAAAACACCUAAAACAACUAGUUCUGUUUGCAUUUAACGGCACCUACAAAGGACGCAGAAGAGUCUUCACGGACGCCUCGAAGACAGGGCAUUUAUGUGGAGUUGGAGUUUUUAUUGAAGGAUCAAAUAAAAGAGUCUCCGUUCGACUUGCUAAUGAAAUUAGCAUCACAGGAGCAGAGCUUGCGACAAUUAAAAUAGCUAUGGAAAUUAUUUCUAAAGAACAAUUGACGGGUUCUGUAAUAUACACGGACUCGCGAUCGGCUUGCGAACUUCUGGAAGCAGCGAGAGACCAACAGGAACGAGAAGAAUUAUUAGAUGAAGUGUUAACAAUGGCAGCAGAGUGGGGAGUUUCGAUGCAGUGGAUACCGAGCCACAUAGGAGUGAAUGGUAACGAUAUCGCAGAUCAACUGGCAAAGGAAGUGUUUAAUCCACAACAGGAGGGUGAGCUGGUUCGGCACAUACUCAACAUGUAA